AAAAGAACAUGUCUUGUCCGUUACGACAACGCCUGUGAACUUAGUAAAGUCAAAAAUGAAAAAAAAACGUAUGGCAAACUCGGGAGUGAAUGAUGAUCUUGUGGUGAAGGUGUCUGCAAAAAGAUCUAUUGGAAUCGAUGGAUUCGAUCGUGUGGUAUAUCGACAAGUCAUUGAUGGUAAGGAAUGUUGGAAAGAUAUGUCACCCGGUAAAUAUGAUGAAGUUAUUGUUGGAAAAAUCGCUCACGUUGUAAGAUUGGAAGGUCCGUU